GUCGUCUAGUGCGGAAAACUUCAAGCGUUAUGGACGAAUUGUUUCCAAAAAAUUAAAUGCGGCAACGUUCGAUCGCGGAAUUCCGGAAUUAAAAGGCUGGCAAUGCGGCUAUUGACGCUGCGUGAAAUCGAGAAUUCACGAUGUAGAGAACUGUACGCGUUUUAAGCGAUCGCUUCUUGAAUGUUUUACACAAAGAGUGUUCCGACUGAACCUACAAAUCUGUACACGGCGUAAUGGCAGCCCAUAAGACAGGUGGGCAAAGUGCCCGUAAGAAAGUGCAGGUAUCUUUUGUUAUACGAGAUGAAGUCGAAAGGCGACAUAGGGCAGGUGUCAAUUCGCUUCAAUAUGAUCCAGCAUUGCACAGGCUCUAUUCUGCUGGUAGAGAUAGUAUAAUUAGGAUAUGGAAUUGUAAGAACAUGAAGGAACCUUAUAUACAAUCUAUGGAACAUCAUACGGAUUGGGUGAAUGACAUUGUUCUAUGCUGUGGUGGAAAGAAUCUUAUAUCUGCGAGUUCUGACACAACUGUAAAGGUAUGGAAUGCACACAAAGGUUUCUGCAUGUCCACAUUAAGGACUCAUAAAGAUUAUGUAAAGGCACUGGCCUACGCUAAAGACAAGGAACAGGUUGCCAGUGCUGGCUUAGACAAGGCAAUCUUUCUUUGGGAUGUUAAUACACUGACUGCACUAACAGCAAGCAAUAAUACAGUGACUACAUCCUCUCUAGCGGGGAACAAGGAUUCCAUAUAUAGCCUAGCCAUGAACCCACCAGGCACAGUGAUAGUCAGUGGCAGUACGGAAAAGGUUUUACGUGUCUGGGAUCCCAGAUCAUAUAACAAACUCAUGAAACUAAGAGGUCAUGCAGAUAAUAUCAAAGCUCUUGUGCUUAACAGAGAUGGUACUCAGUGUCUCUCAGCAAGUUCAGAUGGUACCAUAAAACUCUGGUCUCUUGCACAGCAAUGGUGUAUACAGACUUUCAGAGUUCACACAGAAGGAGUUUGGGCAUUAUUGGCAACGGAUACAUUUAGUCACGUGAUAUCAGGAGGCAGAGACAAGAAAGUGAUAAUGACAGAAUUAAGAAACCCUGACAGAUAUACUGUCAUCUGUGAAGAGAAAGCCCCUAUAUUGAAAAUGGCUAUGACCCCUGACCAGUCUAGCAUUUGGGUAGCCACUAGCGAAUCUACAAUUAACAAUUGGUCUAUUAGUCAAAAAGAUUGGCAAUGCGGUGAUUACUGCGUGGACACAGCCGGUGGUGGAGUAGGCGGUAUUGUUCCACGCAAUACCGAACCAGCACAGAGAAUACUGGGUGGUCCAGCGAUAAGGCACUGUCACGUAUUAAAUAACAGGCGACACGUAUUAACAAGGGAUACCGAAGAGAACGUAGCGCUAUACGACGUGCUUAAAGCUUGCAAGGUAGAAGACCUAGGACGCGUUGAUUUCGAUCAGGAAGUGAAAAAGAGGAACAAAAUGGUCUACGUUCCCAAUUGGUUCAACGUUGACCUCAAGACUGGGAUGUUAACGAUUCAUCUGGGACAGGAUGAGAAUGAUUGUUUCUCUGCGUGGAUGUCCGCAAAAGAAGCUGAGCUUGUGGAUAACGAUGCAGUCGACCAAAAAGUCAACUAUGGAAAUCUCCUGCUACAAGCUCUCCUGGAACACUGGUGGAGGCCGCUUCACGCGGAUGAGAAUGAAGGCAAUGGCAAUGAUGGAAAUGGUCCCACACACACAAGAGGAGGAAACAUUUAUUUCUCUGUGCCUGGACACACGCCUGUGAUAUUCAGUGAGGUCGGAGGGAGAACGUUAUACAGGUUACUAGUACGAGAUGCAGCAGGAGAGACCGAAGGAGUACUUCUGAACGAAACUGUACCACCAUGGGUAGUUGAUAUUGUGGUAGAUAAAAACUUGGUAGACAAAAAUCCUCAAUUUAUCAAAAUACCAUUUUACCUUUUACCACACUCAACGUCUGGAGUGAAGAGCUUAAAGAAGGAUCGCCUGGUCGCAAAUGAUUUCAUCCAAAUACGCAAGGUAGCCGAGCAUGUGUACGAAAAGGUCCUGUGUGCCGGUAGCGAUUCCGGUUCUGUCGCUGGCGGUGGAAACACAGUCUCAGGUGGUUCGCCAGCUGGAGAUAGAACCAACACGGAUUCGAAUGCAGAUAAUGCAUCACUAGCCGAAGAAAAAGUUGAAAUUCUUUGCAACGAUCAACUUCUGGAUCCAUCCAUGGACUUAAGAACGGUGAGGCACUUCAUCUGGAAGUCCUCAGCGGAUUUGACCCUCCGUUAUCGUCCACUCAAAUAGUUAGGAUCUCGGCUGACGAAUUACGACCAUCUGAAGUGUGCUUGGUUCUGUACCGCAGCGAAGUGAGUAUAUAGAAUUGAUUCCUGACUAAGAAAAUCUACAAGAAAAGAGGAAAAAGAUUCUAUGGCGUUCAAGGCGCUUGGUAGAAGAGCGAGGAGCCUGUUUUGCCGACGUGGCUACAAGAUCACUCCUCUAAACUUCAUUGUUUACAGGAUUUUUGAGAGCGUAUGGAGACCAUGAAUUAUUGUCAAGGAGAAUUAAAUACUCCAGAUCUUUUUUGCGACUAUUAAAAGUAAACAAAAAAGGACCAGUGUAGGAACAGUGGCACAUCGGGGUACCUCUAAUGUAAGGUUUCCAUAGGCAAUAAUAAUAAUUUAAUGAUAGAGUAUGGCUCUCCAUCUUGAUGGAUGAAGUAAUAGAAAUGAACAACGCUAGGCCAGUCACUACCAUUUUAAUCAUCAGUAACAUUUCCAUAGUCUUCAUUGAAACUAGCUUACGUAGAGUUGAUACUUCUCAUCUCUGUAUAUAUAAAUAGCAAAAGAGGGGGCGCAUAGUUCUUCAUUUCCGUCGUCCAUUCUUUGUCUUCCGGUCUUGAGUGAUUUAACGAAAUAGCGCAAGAGCACAAAUGAACAAUCGAGUUGUGACUGUCCGGCUUAAAAAUUGCCCUGAUUAGAAAUAUGUAAUCGAUGAUUAGCAGUGCACUGUUCAAUAAGUAUAAUCUUACACGGAAUCCUUUUUGAGUCGCUUAUGGGUCAAAGGUCAGUUUCUCAUGGAUGAAAAAAAAAUGAAUAGUAUCCAUACAUUGCGAAUGAGCAAAGCGUCGUUUGCGAGAUAAGAAACGUUUUCUGCAUGCUGUUGUAAGUGAAAGCGAUAAGAACGAAAAAACCUAUGUCAAUUUAUCCUUAAUCAAAUCAUAUUUCGACAGCCAAACUAAGAGUAAAGGAUUUCCUAUUGAUAGUGUAGGAGAUAAGAGUGUAUCUGCCUGGUCUUCGACGCAAUGAGAUCAAACUCGGUUACCUGGCGUACGAUUAAGGUGCAGAAAAUUCGUUAAUGAUAACGAGAACUGCAGGAGGAAGGAAAAAUAAAUCCGUGUAUCUAGGACUAAUUAAUGGAUUUGAUAAGCUUGAAAAAUAUUUAAGAAAAAUCGAAUCUCUUGUAUUCUUUAUUCAGAUGUAUAAAAAAGAUAAAAAGAGGAUGAUCAGCGCAUGAUGACGAACAAAAAUGAAGUGGAUUAUAUAUGUAAUAACUUUCAGAUGUUUCUCAGUGUCUACCAACUCGAAUGAUACGGUCAAGUUUAAUCGGUAAUAUUUAUUGAUAACCCAUUAAUGGGGGAAAAACGUAAGAGGAAAAAAAAUUCAAGAAGUUCCAGUCGUGACCACGACAGGGUUUGAUCUUAUUGGAGAUUAAUGGUGGAUAUAUGUAUACAUAUAUAAAUAUAUAAAUAAUAUAAUAGGUACCUAGAUAAAUUUAUGUUACAAUAUCUUAUCUGUUAGAAUCCAUAAUUUGUACAUAUGAGUAACUAAACGAAGAAGAUAACAAGAAGUGAUACAAAGAAGUAACCGUCGACUGCGCUGAUAUGUUGGAUCGCCAUUCCUUUGCGCCAUUGAGUUUCUAAUUAAUUAAUUAUUCCUCAUGAUAAACAGGAAGUGGGAUUAGUUGAAGAGACCUUUGGGGUUCUAAUCAUUCGAAUUGGCACAGGAAGUCAGUGAAAUUUUAAAACAAUUUCAAUGGCGCCAAGGGAAUCGCUGGCUAAUGUUCGUUAAUAAUUUUCUGUCUAUCUGUCGUUGUGAUGUUGUGAUAGAAGAAGAAUUAAUAAGAGGAAGAGAAAAAAAGAGAGACGAGAAAUUACGAAAAUUACCCUUGCGUGAAUGCAAUUAUCGUAUAAGGAAAUGGCUACCAAAAGUAACGAUAUUUGUUGUUGGUUAAGUUUGAUCUAUUUUUUGCUUUAUACAGGGUGUCCCGUUUAUCCAUGGCUUAUUUUUUUAAUGAUACGGCACAUCCUGUGCAUUACAGUGUUACGUAUACGAGCAUUUGUUGCAAUCAUCUACAUUAUAAUCUGUCGCCUUUAAUGGAGUAGCUUAUUAAUACCGAAAGGAAUGCGAAAACUAUUGUUUCUAGAUUAAAAGUGUAGAGCGAAAGGGAGGGGGGGGGGACUCCAAUCUGAUGAGGGCUUUUAGGUUUUAUUCAGCGACAAAUUACCGUAUUGUCCAUGAUAGUUGCAUUGCGUUACGACAUAAUGGAUUCUAUUAGAAUUACAUAAUUAGGAAAGGCCAGAGUAUGGCAUGCUCGUGGCUGACAAUGCGACAGCAGGAAAGUAUAUAUGACUUUUGAGAUAAUUUAAUGAACUUUAUCAAUUCAAUAAAAAAAUUGUGCGAGCGAGAUGGCCACGUAAUAAGCAUUUUCAACUUUUUACUCUGUUCUUUUAUGUUUUAGUGACUUGAGUAAUUUUAUCAAUAGAAUAUCAUCACGCGAGACGGAAUAAAAUUGGUACACGUGAAUGCAAAAAAACAAAAGAGAAUGACUAUUGUUAUUGCUUGCGAUAGUUUUCUCAGUCUUAAUUAAUUUGACUUCUAAAUUCACCGAAUUAACGAAUACUCUCAACAGCAUUUACGAUAGAACAGUAAGACAGCCUUCCUCAUCCGAGAACCGUAUUACCUUUGAUAAUAGGGAAUAACGACAAAUCGAACUUAAGUAUCGAGAUAUUUUUUAUUAGCAGAUAACUAAAAAAGAGAAUAAUAAAAACUCAUAGCGUGCAUACGCAUAGCUUGAGAAAAAAAUACAUAGGCGAUGACGUUGGCUUGUUCGUAAUGUUUAUUAAUUUUGACACACGACUGUAUCGUCGAUGCGAAUCAAUGCGUCCCGAAGAAAAACGUAAUAGCGAAGAACACACGACAUCCGUGUACAUUGGUUCAUUAGGAAAUGGUGCCAAAUUUUAUAUCAAACGCAAAAGAGUCUUGAGGAUAAACGAGCCAACUUGAAGUAAAUAAAGUAAAGAGAUAACGACAGCAAUUAAUAGAUGAGAUGAGAGAGCGCUAUUUCGUUUUGCGUAAUCGUACAAGAAUGUUCGACUCAGCUUGUGUUAAAAAUUUCACGUCAAAAUUUCAACUGUAGCACCGUCAUGUUGCAGUAAACCAAUAGAAAUCAUCAAUGAUGUACGACGUAAAGAGGAAUAAAAAAGUGUAGAGGUAUGCCCUAGAAUGAUUUUAUGAUUAGAAAAGACAUUCUCAAUAAUUACUGUCGACGCUUGCUAUUGUAAUAAUGAUGAAAAAUUAAAGAAUGGAAUAAACCAAAAAUUGAAAUCA